GAGAGAGAGAGAGAGAGAGAGAGAGAGAGAGAGACCGAGAGAGAGAGAUACGGACAGAGACAGAGGCAUAGAGAGAUGGGUGCUGAUUGGGGACCAGUCAUUGUUGCUGUGGUCUUGUUCAUCCUCCUUUCGCCAGGGCUGCUAUUCCAAUUACCGGCAAGAACUAGGGUAAUGGAGUUCGGAAACAUGAUGACAAGUGGGAUUGCUAUUCUGGUUCAUGCUGUCAUAUACUUCUGCAUACUGACCAUCUUGAUCAUAGCAAUUGGUAUUCACAUACAUGUCAACUAGUCCAUAUCAUUUUCAGCCACCACCCACAGUGGUGUUUGUUCUUUUCUUUUAAUUUUUUUCUGAAGUGAUUCUUCCUCUUUCUACUACUGUGCUCCUUCUUUAAUGUUGUCCUGCUACCUGAUUGGUUUAGUUCACUUCACACUCGGCAUUGACACAUUGUAAAGGAGCAUCUCAAUGAAUUGGUUCAUAACAUCAAUCAGGCUCAACAACACAAGGUUGUUCCAUAUUGAGUUUGAUCUGACUUAGUUUCCAAUCUAUAUUGUUUAAGUUUUAUAGUAUCAGUGGCUACACAGAAAGAUCUAUCUGUAAUAAACCUACUUUUAUGGAGUUGCUUAUCAUUUUAACA